AUGCUUGCCAAGAGAGAAAGAAGGGAGGUCUACAACCAAUGCAUCCAGCGUCUCCAGGAAUGCGCCAAUGCGCGGGCGCUGGGCGAUGGCAAGCGCGCUCACGAGCUCAUCCAGCAAUCGGGCUGGAUCCACGACAGGCUGCUGGGAAAUCUCCUCAUCCGGAUGUAUGGCAUCUGCGGCUGCCUGACGGACGCCAUCGCCGCCUUCGAUGCGAUCCGGGAGCGCAACGUCUACUCCUGGAAUCUCAUCGUUGCGGCGAAUGCCCAGAACGGGCAGCUCCAUCACGCGGCGGCGCUCUUCGAUCGCAUGCCACAGCGGGAUUUGUUCGCGUGGAACGCGAUGAUAGGGAUUUUCUGCCAGGCCUCGCAUCUGGAGGAGGCCAAGAGCGUCUUUGAUCGGAUGCCGGAGAGGGAGGCGCUGUCAUGGAACUCGAUUCUUGCGGCCUUCUCUCAAAACAGCCAUGCUCACCACGCUCUCGAAAUAUUUCGCAGGAUGCCGGCUCGCGAUCUCUCCUCCUGGAAUUCGAUGAUACAGAUCCACGCGCAGCUGGAUCAGACCGACGCCCUGCCGGGAUUGUUCGACGCAAUGCCAGAACGAGACGUGAUUUCCUGGACGACGAUCGUCGCGGCAUUCGCAAGAAAGGGGCAAAUGGAGAGGGCGGGGGAGAUCUUCCGCCUGAUGCCACAGACCAACACUCGAGGCUGGAAUGUGAUCCUCGUCGGCUCCUCCCGCGGUGCCAGAUCCAUCUUCGACACCAUGCCGGAGAGAGAUCUCGUCUCGUGGAACGAAUUCAUUGCCGCCAGUGCCAAGAUCGGCGAUCUUGACGCCGCCUCGACGAUCUUCCAGCUGAUGCCGCGACGCGACGUGAUUUCCUGGACGACGAUGCUCCACGGCGUGAUGAGCUAUGGGCGCCUGGAGCACGCCAAAAGACUCUUCGACGAGAUUCCGGCGCGGAAUGUGGUGACGUGGACGGUGGCGAUUACAUCCUACGGCGACGGUGGCGAUGUGGAUUCCGCGCGGGAAGCCUUCGCGCGAAUGCCCCAGCACAAUCUCUUCACCUGGAACGCGAUGAUGAGCGCUCUCUCCGAUCAAGGUAACGCGAUCCAUCUCCAGGAUGCCAGGGAGAUCUUUGAUGCUCUGCCUUACAGGGACGCGAUCUCUUGGAACACUCUCAUCUCCGGCUAUGCCCAGCAGGGGCAAAUCCGUGAUGCGUUUGAUCUCUUCGCCCAUAUGCCCGGCCGCGAUAAUGUCUCCUGGAACGCAAUCCUCCUGGCCUACACCGAGGAAUCGCUGCUCCAAAACGCGAUCGCGCUCUUCGAUCGAAUGCCCUGCCGGGAUCUCAUCGCGUGGAACACGAUGAUCCGGGCGUAUGCCCUGGACGGGCAUAUCGACGAGGCACGGCAGGCGUUUGACGGCGCGGAUGAGAAGGACGGGGUGGCGUGGACGGCCAUGAUCCGCGGGUACAACCACAAUGGCUGCUCCGGCGAGGCCAUUCGUCUCUUCAUGGCGAUGGAUCUGGAAGGGAUCAAGCCUUCCGGCGGGCUGUGCUUUGUGGCGGCGCUCAAUUCGUGCUCGGCACCGCGGUUUCUCGAGCAGGGCAGGCGAUUGUGUGAGAGGAUCCUGGCGCUGGGGCUCGAGAGCGAUCAGCUGGUAGCGGCGGGGCUGAUCUCCAUGCUGGGCAAAUGCGGGGAUCUCCAGAAGGCCGCGCGAUUCUACCGCGAGGAGCUCUCGGAGGAUCGGCGAAUUGCCGUGGCGGGAGCGAUGAUCUCGGCCCUCGCAGCGAAUUCCCAGGUGGGCGCUGCACGGGAGCUCUUCGAUCGCCUCCCAGAGCCCACGAAGGACUGGAAUGCGAUGAUCCAGGCUCACGUCGCGGCCGGGGAGAUCGACAGAGCGGAGGAGCUCUUCCAGGAGAUCCCAGCUCCAGACAUCGUGGCCUGGUCGACGAUGAUCGCUGGCUACGCGCGAUCCGGGCGAGGCGAGGAGGCGCUGCAGAGAUUCCGGUCCAUGGAUCUGGAAGGCGUGCGCGCCGACGCCAGAUCGUUCGUGGCGGCGGUGGAGGCGAGCGCGAUCACUGCCGAUUCAUCGCGGCUGGAGACGAUCCACGCGCUGGCGGUGGAAUGCGGCCUGGAUUCACACACGAUCGUGGGUACCAGCAUCGUGGACGCGCUGUGCAAGCGCGGCAGCCUCGCCCACGCCUGGAUCGCCUUCGCCAAGAUCUCCAGCCGGCCCAGGAUCCCAUGGAGCGCCAUGGUCGGGGGUCUCGCACGGAACGGAUAUUCCCGCGAGUCUGUGGCGCUGUUCCGGGAGAUGCUCGCGUACGGCGCCGCCCCCGACGCCGUCACCUUCGUGUCCGUGCUGGCGGCGUGCAGCCACGGUGGGAUGCUGCGCGAUGGCGUCGGCUACUUCGUGGCGAUGCCGUUGGAUUUUGGAGUGUCGCCCACCGUGGAUCACUACCGGUGUGUGGUUGAUUUGCUUGGACGAGCCGGGCUGCUGGGAGAGGCCGAGGAGUUUUUGGAGGAGGCUAUGCCGGUCUUGGGGAGGGAGGAUAGCGUGGCGUGGACGUCGCUGCUGGGAUCGUGUUGGAGCCAUGGAGAAGUGGAGCGUGGGAAGCGACUGGGAGAGUUGGCGGUGGGGUUUAAUUGGGAGGAGCAAUCCUCGUCCCCCUUUGUGCUGCUCUCCCACUUAUCAUGCUCGGACUAG